AGUGACGUCAUCGAUCGAGUUUGUUUGAGCAGUAGGCUACAUCUGAUCAACCCAAAGCUGAGACACAGUUCGCAUCAGCUCGGAUAUUUGAUGGAGUUUUUCAUAGGAAAUCCUUUCUCUACACCUGUAGGUCAACUCGUAGAAAAUGCCACAAGUUCUUCUCUCCCAUCAGAGGACUGGGGCCUUAACAUGGAGAUCUGUGACAUUGUCAAUGAAACAGAUGAUGGAGCUAAGGAUGCCGUCAGAGCGAUAAAAAAGAGGAUUUUAGGAAAUAAAAAUUUUAAAGAGGUUAUGCUAACCUUGAGUGUGUUGGAGGCCUGCGUCAAAAACUGUGGACACAGAUUUCACAUGUACGUGUCCACCCGAGACUUUGUGGAGAACGUUUUGGUCCAGACGAUCCUGCCUAAAAAUAACCCUCCGAUGAUCCUUCAGGAUAGAGUCUUGAGGAUGAUACAGGCGUGGUCCGAUGCCUUUCGUAGCUCUACAGAUUUGACGGGCGUAGUGACCGUGUAUGAAAAUCUCAGGAGAAAAGGCGUGCAGUUUCCAAUACCUGAAGCGAAUGGCUAUUCCCCUAUUCACAGCCCUAACAAGACUGCUACAUCCAUGUCUCCAGGAAGCAUGCCUGCAGAGAGAUGUGCUGUUACAGAGUCGCAGUCCCAAAAUACAGAUGCACCACUUGCAAUGUCACCUGAACAGACACAAAGGUUGCAGACAGAUCUUGAGAUGGUUCGUAAAAAUCUAUCCAUAAUGUCAGACUUGAUGUCUAAAAAGGAUUCUGGAAGGAUUCAGCGAUCUGACACAGAACAGUUACAGCAGUUGUAUAUGAAGAGUAAGGAAAUGCAGGGCCACAUGGUGGAGCUCAUACCCAGACUCACAGAUGAGAAACUUACAGAGCAAUUACUGACCGCCAACGAUAACAUCAACGCAACUUUUACACAAUAUUACAGAUUUGAAAGACAUCUCCAACAACAGAGCAACACACAGACGGAAACUCAACACCAACUAAAAGCCCAAGGUGCCGUCGCCCAAUCAACAGUCAGCACGCUGUCCAAUCAGAUGGCAGGAUUGAGCACAAAAACGGAAGACUUCACCCAAAAUAGAAACGGCUCACUACAAAAAAGCCCACAAAACAUUGUAGCAGUUGAUGGUCUGGCUGCCCAACCCAGAAAGCAAGAGGACACCGGCACGGAUGACAGUCUAGACUCCACCAACUUCAGCAGCUCACCUCAGUUUCAAUGGAUGAUUGCAAAGGGAAUGAUUCCUGUCGAUCAGAAUGACAUCAUGGACGACAUUGAGCAAUGGCUUAACGUGGAUGUUGAUGAUUCAGAUGGAGUCACGAGUGAAGAGUUUGAUAAGUUCUUGGCGCAAAGAGCAAAAGCAGCCGAACGUCUUCCUUCAGUAACGGCGUCAAUCUAUGACCCAGACAGCUCACAACCAUAGAUCUUUAUUAGAUUUACAUCCUGUGUCCUGCGAUGAAGAAGCCCACAGACAAAAACUUUGUCCUGGGUGGAUUUAAACAACAUGAACUUAAGCGACACCUGGACCUGUUAACAAUUUUCUGCAUUGUUGUUUUGCACACACACACAAUCACUUUUAUGUUUCCUUUAACAGUAGGUUUAAUAGUGUAUAUUUUUUCCUUGUGAAAAUUAACUUUGAUGACAGGUAAAGUAACCAUAAUUUGGGUGGAUUGAUUACCAAUUGUAUAACCAUAAACAUUAUUGUUUAACAUUAGUUACUGUAGUGCGGGGUUCCCUAAAUCUUACCCUGGAGGAGCCGGAGCACUGCAGAGUUUGGCUCUAACCCUGAUCAAACACACCUGAGCAAGCUAACCAAUGUAUUCAUGAUCACUAGAAAAUCACAGGUGGGUAAGUUUGAUUAGGGUUGGAGCUAAACUCUGUAGUGCUCCGGGCCCUCCAGGGUAAGAUUUGGGGAACACUGAUGGAGUGGGACAAUGGUAAAUUUGUGGUUAAACCAUGGUUAAUUUUUGUAUGGAUUUAUGUCUUUUGUCAAACCUUCGAGGCAGGUUAUGAUGGCAAGUCUAAUUGUACUGCAAAAUACAAUCUGGUAUUUUAGUACUGCAACAAAUUUGACUUUUCCACCUUAAAAAUACUGUUUUGUUAUAAAAAGACACUUUCUGUAGUAAAAUAUUUUGCUUUUAAAAAUAUUUUCUUAAUAUCUCGGAGGAGAAUAAGCUCUACGGUAAAGCGUGAUAAAUGCGCCUUAUUUAAAAUGGGUAAGGUUAAAGCCAAUUAUGGAUGUAUAUACACUGUAUGUAUCUUAUUUGGCUGCUUUAAUUAAGGUGAAUUUUACAGUAAGUAAAUAUUUUCUUACGAUGACUGUUGUUUACUUCCACUCAACCUGUAGUACUUGAACUGUUAAUAUAUUUCAAAUCCUUAUUAUAUUUAAGUUUUGGGUUAUGUUACAGGAUAUUCAUUAAAAUUAAGUAAUUUACAAGUGUUGGAAUGUUGAUGUGUUUAUAAUAUUAAUAAAGUCAGGUUCACAGGGCAUCCAUUGA